CACUGUUAUUUUUUUGUCUUCUAAUGAUAUUUGUAAUGAAAGGGAAGGUGUUCUUGGGCCAACAUUUGAUAUGGCUGAUGCUAUUAUUGGGUCAGACACACGGAUACAAAAGCUGUAUUGAAAAAGAGAGGAUGGCUUUGCUGGAUCUCAAAAGGUACGUGGUCUCAGUUACUGAAGAAGAUCAAACUGAAUAUGUUCUCCCUACUUGGACCAAUGAAGAAAAGAUGGAUUGCUGCCACUGGGAGGGCCUUAAGUGCAAUCGUACAAGCGGGCGGGUGAUCGAGAUUGUCUUUGGUGGACUGUACCUCAAAGAGAAUUCUCACCUUAAUCUUUCUUUGCUGCAUCCCUUUGAAGAAGUUCAACGUCUGGACUUAUCUAACUAUGAAGACAAAGGAUUAAGUGGCUUGUUUGAUUAUGUUGAAGGUUAUAAAAGCCUAAGAAGGUUAAGAAACCUGGAGGUUUUGUAUCUCACUGAAAAUAAAUUCAAUAACAGCAUCUUUCCUUUUCUUAAUGCUGCUACAUCGCUCACAACUCUGUUCCUCCGAGGCAACAAGAUGGAUGGCCAUUUUCCUGCUAAAGGUGUGCAUUUUUUACUCCCCUUGAAACUGUUGGACCUGAGUGGAAACAACUUUAGUGGAUCCAUACGAGUACGAGAUAUGACUCCUCUGAAACAACUGAAAGCUCUGGAUCUACGUGGUAACAAAUUUUCGGCCUCAACAGAUUUGCAAGGAAUUUGCGAAUUGAAGAACUUGCUGGAGCUCGAUUUCAGUAAAAACAAACUAGUAGGAAAUUUUCCUUUAUGUUUAACUAGCUUGACUAGACUUCGAGUUCUUGAUCUCUCAUCAAACCAAUUGACUGGUACCAUACCAUUUGCUCUCGGUAACCUUAAAUCCCUUGAGUAUUUGUCGUUGUUUGAUAACAACUUCGAAGGCUUGUUUUCACUAGGUUCCCUAACCAACCUCUCAGAGCUUAGGGUGCUGAAACUUAGUUCAAAAUCCAACUCGUUCCAAGUAGUGUCUGAAAGUUCUUGGAAGCCAAAAUUCCAGUUGAGUGUUAUUUCACUACGAUCUUGCAUCUUGGAGAAGGUUCCUCCUUUUCUUCGGUACCAGAAGGAAUUGCAUGAGAUUUAUCUUUCUGACAAUAGAAUCUCUGAAAACUUCCCUUCUUGGUUACUAGCAAACAACACAAACCUCGAAAUCUUGCAUCUAAAGAAUAAUUCUUUUACAAGCUUUCAGCUACCAAGCUCUGGUCAUAGCUUGAUUUUCUUGGAUGUGUCAGUUAAUAAAUUCAAUAAUCUCUUUCCUAUUAACAUUGGGUGGAUACUUCCUUCUUUACGAUAUAUAAAUAUAUCGAAUAACGGUUUUCAUGGAGAACUGCCAUCUUCUCUGGGUAAUAUGAAAGGUAUUGAGUUUCUUGAUAUAUCUCACAACAGUUUCCACGGGAAGCUACCAAGAAGCUUUUUAGAGGGUUGUUAUUCCUUGACAAUUUUGAAGAUGUCACAUAACAAACUAAGUGGAGAGAUUUUGCCAAAAGCAACAAAUUUUACUGAUAUGUUGGUGUUGUCAAUGGAUAACAAUCAGUUUACAGGAAACAUUGGACAAGGCUUGAGGAGCUUGAGAUACAUGUUAUUGCUCGACAUUUCGAAUAACAAUCUCACUGGUGUUUUCCCAAGCUGGUUUGGGGACUUUCCAUACAUGAACGCACUACUGGUUGCAAACAAUAUGUUGGAAGGUGAAAUACCUACUGCCUUGUUCAAUAUAACCUAUCUUCAGCUACUGGACCUCUCGGCAAAUAUGUUAUCCGGGAGCAUUCCUCCACGCCUCAACUCUACGAAUCAGGUAGCGUUAUUCCUGCAAGACAAUAAUUUAUCAGGCUCUAUUCCAAACACAUUGCUAGUGAAUAUCCGCAUACUUGAUCUGAGAAACAACAGGUUGUCUGGGAAUAUUCCGGAGCUCAUCAACACCCAAAACAUCAAUAUUCUUCUUCUGCGUGGGAAUAAUUUAUCAGGCCGUAUUCCUCGUCAGUUGUGUGCCCUAAGAAGCAUCCACCUUCUGGAUCUUGCUAACAAUAGGUUAAAUGGAUCUAUACCGUUAUGUCUUGGCAAUACAUCAUUUGGUUCAUUUUGUUUGGGGAAAGAGAAUGCAUCAUAUUCUUAUGAUGUUGGCAUGGCUUUCACCGAUGUCUUCCCUAGUUCUACUCCAGACUCUACUUCCACAGGAAAUGUUGGAACAUACGUCAAGUCUCUGCUUGUGCUAGAUCAGUUUAGUAUGGACUAUGAGGCAGCUACACAAACUAAGAUUGAAUUUGCAACCAAACACCGAUAUGAUGCCUACAUGGGUGGAAAUCUCAGAUACUUGUUCGGAAUGGAUCUAUCAGAGAAUGAGCUGAGUGGUGAGGUCCCUGUAGAGCUUGGAGGUCUUCUUGAACUUUAUGCUCUCAAUCUUUCUCACAACUAUUUAACAGGUGCAAUACCUAAAAGCUUUUCAGGUAUGAAGAAUAUGGAAAGCCUUGAUCUUUCUUUCAACAGACUACAAGGGCAUAUCCCACCACAACUAACAGAGCUGAGCAGCCUAGCUGUAUUCAAUGUCUCAUUCAACAACUUGUCAGGAGUCAUUCCACUGGGAAAACAGUUUAACACCUUUGAUUCACAAAGCUACUUAGGCAAUCCUCUUCUCUGUGGAAAACCAACCAACAUGAGCUGCGAGAGCAAUAACUUUCAUGAACCGGAUAAUGGAGUGGAAGCAGAGGAAACCACAAUCGACAUGGUUUCUUUCUACUGGAGCUUAGCUGCAGCUUAUGUGACAAUACUUCUUGGAAUAUUCACAUCUCUCUCUUUUGAUUCUCCUUGGAGCAGACUUUGGUUCUACAACAUUGAUGCUUUCAUCCACAAGGCGGGGAAUUUUCUAUGCUGAAAUUAGUGUUGGUUCAAAUCCA